UCUCCGUCACGUAGCGUUAAAGCAGCCGAAAGAUCUUAUCAUUCACUGCUAUAUAAAGACAUGGCUUUUGGUCGUUCAAGGUUACCUCUAUUUGUAGUUUUGGUCUGUGGCACAGCUAUUCCAUUGUUUUACGUAGUAAAAAGAACAACAUUGAAUGGAGGAUACACUCCUUGGUCGGACUGGAGCGUUUGUUCGAGUGAUUGCGGCGACGGAAUUCGCUUCAGAACUAGAGAUUGUGCGAAUCCUGUCCCCGGCAGAUUCGGCCAGACGUGUCUUAAACAAAGCCUUGGGCAACCAAAGGAAGAAGAAAAUUGUAAGAUUAAGGAAUGUCCCAUAGAUGGGGGAUUCACAAAUUGGGGUGACUUUGGCGAGUGUUCCACAACGUGUGGAAAUGACGGUGUCAAGAAAAGGAAGAGGUCUUGUACAAAUCCAAGUCCGCAAUACGAUGGAGCACCUUGCGAAGGCGCCGACGAGGAAAGUGGGGUCUGCAACGUGAAACCAUGUCCUGUCGACGGUGGGUUUACCAAUUGGGGAAAUUUUGGCGACUGCGAUAAAUCAUGCGGAUCGGGUGUUAAGAGACGAACGCGAACGUGUUCGAAUCCACCGCCGGCUCAUGGUGGAAAAAACUGCGAGGGUCCAGUGGAUGAGGUUGAAGAGUGCAACACUGCACCCUGCGCGGUAAAUGGCGGGUUCACGAACUGGUCUGAGUUCGGAAGUUGUAGCAAGACUUGUGGCUCUGGCGUCCAAGCCAAAAAUCGUAAUUGUUCACAACCAGCCCCAGCGAAUGGAGGUAAAGAUUGCGAAGGACCCUUUGAAGAAACACAAGCUUGCAACACAGAUCCUUGUCCUAAUAUUGGGGCUUAGGGUUUUGGAACUCAAAGACAGAUUAUUGAGAAAUGUUCAUGGUUCCUUUGGAGAAAGAGAGAGUUCCGCCUUUAUCUCUAUUCAAUGCGGUAAAAUUUCCGCACAGCCCCAUACUUCAUUAUGCAUUCAGUUCUUGAAUAGAGAAA